ACCGCUCAUCACCAAUCGGACAAGGAGAAAACGGAGCGCUCUGGGACUUCAACCAAACACAGCUCUCGCUAGAAACAUUCUGGGUUGAACCCGUGGUGCGGGAAUGGAUUGGAGAGGGAGUAUAUCCACGUUUAUCGCUCAGUAGUCGUGUGGACAUGAAAGUGUGAGCAAGAGAGAGGAGAUCAUAAACGAUACCCUGUUGCAACGAUUUCGCUUUGAUGUUUUGGAAAGUCCAUAGGCCUACAUCACAAAGGUGAAUGCUGCAGCACAGCCCCCUGGAAAAGGAAUGAGCAAAGCAGUCUUGUGAUUAUUUGUUGAAGCAGCAGCGGCAAGCUUCUCCCCUGUCUGAGUCUCCCUCAAAGUGUGAGAAACAAGAUGGGUAAUGGAUUAUCAGACCAAAUCUUCCCCAGCCUUCCUUCCUUCCAGGCUCUCCAUAUUGUCAUCCUGGGUCUGGACUGCGCCGGGAAGACCACUGUCCUCUACCGCCUUCGUUUCAAUGAGUUUGUGAACACGGUCCCCACUAAGGGAUUCAACACGGAGAAGAUCAAAGUGUCCCUGAGUGCUAGCGGAAAGUCCUGGCGGAAGGCGGCGUUCCACUUCUGGGACGUGGGCGGUCAGGAGAAGCUCCGCCCCCUGUGGCGCUCAUACACGCGGUGCGCCGACGGUAUCGUGUUUGUGGUGGAUUCCGUCGACACCGAGCGUCUGGAGGAGGCCAAGACGGAGCUCCAUAAGAUCACAAGGUUAGCAGAGAACCAGGGGGUGCCUGUUCUAGUGGUGGCCAACAAGCAGGACCUGAGGAACUCCCUGCCGCUUCACGAGAUGGAGCGCUCUCUGGCGCUAGCAGAGCUGGGUAAUGGAACGCCCUGGCACCUGCAGCCCGCCUGCGCCAUCAUAGGGGAGGGGCUACAGGAAGGUCUCGAGAAGCUCCACACCAUGAUCAUCAAAAGGAGGAAGACGCAGAAAGCUCAACAGAAGAAGAAGAGAUGAUCGGAUUGGUCACACACACAACCGCCAACAUGGCGGAGUUGGUGGAGUUACACAAGGACUUAAUGUGAGAUACCAAUGGUGAUGGACGGUGACCCACCUCUCGGGGUGUUAACCUGUUAACCAUGAGCUGGACAUAUGGUGUUGACUAGUAUGGUGUACCAAUACUGCUAGGUGUCUCCUUAUCAAUACAUUGACCAGGUGAUGUGGAGCACUCAGUGAUGGAUCAGCUGCUUGCUGGCCUGCCUGCCUGUAAGUCUGUCUUGGCUCAGUUGUAUCAGUCAAUGGACUGAGUUUGUUCAGGGCUGUCUCGGGGUGUUGUCAAUAUGUCCUCACUGGAACUGAUGGAAUAGAUUUUUUUCACCAUGCCAUGGACUUUGGAUGGUAACAGUCCUGGCUGGCACAGCAACACGGGACAGUAGACACUAAUGUAUUUUUAUAGGAAGUAUUUCGUCAUACCAUGAGGCACACAAGAGUUCCCAGAGAGACAAAACAAUCAAAACGUUGAAGUGUCAGAGAAGUCAAAUGCACACUUGAUUGUAUGCUGUCUUUACUGUCAAGUGUUACAAGUGUAUGUAGCCUAUUGUUCAAUCAGUUUGAAACAUGAAAA